CAGCAGGCGGGGCGACCCUCUAACGUCCUCGCUCGCUCCCUCGUGGCAACUGGUUUCGAGGCCCAACGCUGAUCGCUUAGUCCUCAUUCUUCUGUCAGUCUGGAUCAGCGCAUGCGUCCCACUUCUUGCCUGACCGAAAGCCGGUCGAAGGGCGACGCCUUGAGGUUAAACCGAGGAGGUGCGGGAGGCGGGCCCGCGCCGGCGCAGUAUUCUUGGAGAAGCCGGGGUUCUUGGCGGCCGAAACAGGUACCAUGGCGGAGGGGCAGGUGAUCGGCGACUUGUCUUCGGCCUCUGACAGUAAAUCAGAUAAAAUCUCCAAGGUCGCCGCAGAGUCCCUAGACUCCGGGGACUACGACAGCAACUGCUUGUUCUGUCGGAUUGCCAGGCAGCAGGAGACCAGCACCGAACUCCUGCCCUGUGAGAAUGAAGACUUUGUUUGCUUCAAAGAUAUAAAACCAGCAGCACCUCAUCAUUAUCUUGUAGUGCCAAAGAAGCAUAUUAGAAAUUGCAAUGAUCUAAAGAGAGAACAAAUAGAAUUGGUGGAAAACAUGGUAACUGUUGGAAAGACCAUUCUUAAAAAUAACAAUUUCACUGACUUUUCAAAUAUGAGRAUGGGUUUCCAUGUGCCACCAUUCUGUUCCAUUUCCCACUUGCACCUUCAUGUUCUGGCACCAGUCAGUCAGUUGGGCUUCUUAUCCAAGUUGGUUUAUAGAAUAAAUUCCUAUUGGUUUAUCACAGUAAGUGUUAUUGUAUCAAGAAUAUGCAAACAUAUUUAA